CCGCUUCUCUGACGUCAAAACACUCCGCGACGGCGGCCGCGGUUACUGCGGAGCGGCUCCCGGUGUGUGUCCCUCCGAUCCCGGUGUCCCGCCCGUCCCGGACCCAUCGGCGGUGAGAGCCCUGCGGCGGGGCCGCCCCUUCCCCGCGGGGUGCCCGGGAUCUUCUUGGACAUACAUCAAAUUUCACUUUUGAAUCAUGGAGGGAGAACAGAUUAUGGAGGGACAGCCACAGGUUCCGGAAAAUCCUCAUUCCGAAUACGGCCUCACUGAAAAUGUAGAGAGGAUAGUAGAAAAUGAGAAACUAAAUGCUGAGAAAGCAUCAAAGCAGAAGGUGGAUCUUCAGUCGUUACCCACACGUGCCUACUUGGAUCAGACAGUUGUACCUAUCUUGCUACAGGGACUUGCUGUUCUUGCAAAAGAGAGACCACCCAAUCCCAUUGAAUUUCUAGCAGCAUAUCUUUUAAAAAACAAGUCACAAUUUGAGGACCGAAAUUAACUCCAUAAAAAUGAGGACAGUUGGGCUGCGAGACUGAAAUGCUCAUUUGCCGCAAUUUGUUUUCUGCUGUAAAAAUCCUUUAGCCACGUUGUUGUCUUUCUUAACUGCACAAUUUGCUUUAUCUUUUGAGUUUAUUUAAUAAAGAACACUUUACAUUUAAUUGUUCUCUUGUUUUAAACUGGCUAUUAAGAGAUUUUGAAAAUAAAAUACUGAAACUCCA